AAUGAAUGUGGCUUGACACCUUGAACGUUUAGAGCUUCGAUCCCGCUAAGAAGCGAAGUUCGGUAUUCCAAAAGCUUCAAACAUCACCGGCCUCUCUUUUAGCAAUUGGAAAGGCUGCGUCAUUCUUGCACCCCGGUAUCGAGCAAGGAUGACUUCCUUUCCGACCGCCGUGCGGUCCAGUCGAAAGCUGGCCUUGAAUUUAAACCACAAUCUAAACCAGGCCCGACGCAUUUCCGAUUUAACAAUAACCCGCACCGGCAAACCCAUCCUUCGCGUACAAGGUGGCAGGUCAUCUCUCGGAGGUCAUACCGCGACAGUAUUUGGCGCAACGGGACAGCUCGGAAGAUAUAUCGUCAACCGAUUAGCCCGUCAAGGAUGUCAGGUUGUCAUCCCGUUCCGAGAAGAGAUGGCCAAGCGUCACCUUAAGGUUACUGGUGAUCUGGGUCGCGUUGUCUUCCUCGAGUACGACCUAUACAACACCGAAUCGAUCGAAGCGAGCGUCAGGCACUCCGAUAUCGUAUAUAACCUUGUUGGCCGGAAUUACCCUACCAAGAACUACAGCUUAGAGGACGUCCACGUCGAGGGCACCGAGCGCAUCGCCGAGGCCGUUGCCAAAUACGACGUCGACCGCUACGUCCACGUCUCGUCUUAUAAUGCCGACCCCAACUCGCCCUCCGAAUUCUUCGCGACCAAGGGAAGGGGUGAGCAGGUUGCCCGAAGCAUCUUCCCGGAGACUACCAUCGUCCGACCGGCGCCCAUAUUCGGGUUUGAGGAUAACCUCCUCCACCGGUUAGCCGGAGUCACCAACCUAUUCACGUCGAACAAUAUGCAAGAGAGAUACUGGCCCGUUCACUCGAUUGACGUGGGCCAAGCUCUAGAAGCUAUGCUAUAUGACGACAACACGGCCGGACAGACCUACGAGCUUUACGGACCCAAGAACUACUCGACAGCCGAAAUUGCCGAGUUAGUCGACCGAGAAAUCUACAAGAAGCGAAGGCAUAUCAACGUGCCCAAAGCCAUCUUGAAGCCCGUGGCCAAUCUGCUCAACAAAGCAAUAUGGUGGCCAGUGCUCUCCGCAGAGGAUGUGGACAGGGAGUUCAUCGACCAGAAGAUCGACCCUACGGCUAAGACUUUUGCCGACCUAGGCAUCACGCCGGGCGAUAUUAGCAACUUCACAUACCACUACUUGCAAGGAUAUCGUAGCUCAGCAUUCUAUGACCUCCCGCCGGCGACGGAGAAGGAGAAGCGGGAAGACAGGAAGUACGUGCACGUAUUAGACGAACAAUAAAGGAUAACUUACAGGCAUUUCUGUGCAAAUAUGGGAAGAAACACUCGUAUUGCGCUGUACAUAUAUACUAGACCUAGUAGUUGUCCUUGAUUUAAAAGUUACGAAUAGUACUUAUUAUAAGAGCUUCCUGGUUUGUAGGGUAAAUAUUAUGUUAUAACG